GUCAUGGCCGCUGUUGUUUCUCCAGCAAAGCCUUUGUGCGACACUGAACCGCCCAUCCCUGCACCGCCCUCUGUAAAGGAAGAAAAUUCAAAUGAUACAAAAGACACAGAAGAGACUUCAAAUGAUGGCAGUCAGCCAGCAAAACGAAGGCGAAUAUCUGGAGAUAGCACCCCAAGUUGUGAAAAUUCAAACCAAGAUUUUGGGUCCAGCUAUUUCCCUGCAGAAAAUGUUAUUGAAUACAAAUGGCCUCCAGAUGAAACAGGGGAGUACUAUAUGCUACAAGAACAAGUCAGCGAAUAUUUGGGUAUCACCUCAUUUAAGCGUAAAUAUCCAGAUUUAGAAAGAAGAGAUCUGUCUCAUAAGGAGAAAUUAUAUCUGAGGGAAUUAAAUGUCAUUACUGAAACUCAAUGCACUUUAGGUCUGACAGCUUUACGAAGUGAUGAAGUAAUAGAUCUCAUGAUAAAAGAGUAUCCAGCCAAGCAUGCAGAGUAUUCUGUCAUCCUGCAAGAAAAAGAGCGUCAGCGAAUUACAGACCAUUACAAAGAGUACUCUCAAAUGCAACAACAAAACACGCAGAAGGUUGAGGCGAGCAAAGUUCCUGAGUACAUUAAGAAAGCUGCCAAGAAAGCUGCAGAAUUCAACAGCAACUUGAACCGUGAAAGAAUGGAAGAAAGAAGAGCCUAUUUUGAUUUACAGACACACGUUAUACAGGUGCCUCAGGGAAAGUACAAAAUUUUACCCUCUGAAAUGACAAAAGUGAGUCCAUAUCCAGUUUCCCUCAUACCUGGGCAAUUUCAGGAGUACUACAAAAGAUAUUCCCCAAAUGAGCUCCGAUAUUUGCCGCUCAACACAGCCUUGUAUGAACCGCCUCUAGACCCUUUGGACCCUGAAUUACUGGCACUUGACAGCGAUGGAGAUUCCGAUGAGGUGGAAGAAGUGAAAAGUGAAAAGAAAAAAACAAAAGGAUCAUCCGACAGUUCCUCUGUGAAUAUGUCAGAAAGUGAUAAUACCCAGGACACCCAAGAAGAGACACCACAACCAAAACCAAAAGUGAAAGAGAAAUCAUCAACUCCUAGAAAGGAAGGCGCCAAACGUUCUGUACUGUCCAAAUCUGUCUCCGGGUACAAGGUAGAAGAAAAAAGCCCCUGACUCAGCUUCUUUUAUGACCAGGCUUUCCCCCUGAAAUAUUCUUUUUGCCCUUGCAUCUCAUUUUUUUUUAUUAUAACUUUUCGUUAGUUUUUUUUCUACUUCUGAACAUGGAUUUUUUCCCUCUCAACGCUCCUUUUGUUGUGGCCCUUGUGCUUUUACUCUUUUCAUGUUCUCCAUUCUUUCAUUUGCCUUUUCCCCUGUGCUUUGUUUAACCUGGGGCUUUUCCAUAACCUUGUCUAUGGAUUGACUUCUGUACCUGAACUCAUUUCUUUAGGGAUUUCAAAAGGGAUAUCCUAGUAGAGAGCUGUAGAAACUUCCCAAAUAAUCAUUGUGAUGCACAUCCAACAUUCCUUGGCACAAAAAAGGGGCGUGUCUUUCUACUCCAUCGGGACUGGGUUUGUUCUUACUAGUAAUCAAAAGUAUAUUGUUGUGGAGUAAGAAAACAAUACAUAUUAAGAGGCUUUAGGUAUGUUUAGAAAAUGUUCUUGUAAAAUAUCUGUUGUGUUUCCUCAUGUGCAGGAAGUACAGUUAUUUUUUGUGAUUUACAAAGUUGUAGAGAUAGGCUUUGUAAUUUCCAUAUUAGCUGAGCUGUCUUCUGUCUUUUACUGCUCAGAAUGUUAAAUGGCCAUUUACUUUCAGCAGGAACAAUAUUUUAUGCAGAAAGCCAAGAGGUGUUAAUUAAAUACCCAGAAAUAAAAUCACAAAUCUUAGUUAGCACUUAACAUUUGACAUUUACUGAUGAAAAACAUUAACACUAAUGUGUAUACAUUCAUACACAUGUACACACACAAUGUACUUGACUUGAACAAUAAUUUAUUAAAAUUUAAUAAUUGGGGAUUUCCAUUGAAAAGUUGUUCACUGGAUUGCCCCUGUUGAAGUUCAAAAGCGAGUAAAAACAUUUGGAUUUGUCAUGAAUCGAGAGAGUGCUUCCUGUGUUUGGCAUAACACAGGACUUCACAAAAA